AUGCCAGGUGAAGAAGAAGACUUUCGUGCGUCUGCUUAUGGAAGGGCACUGGAAGAAAGGAGACUGGAUAAAUUAAAGAAGAGACUUACACCCUUGAACUUCGCUGCUGUUACUCUCCCUGAUAUGGAGCUCGUGGAAUUUUACAAGGUUUACCAAGUCGAGGACAAAAAGGAGUGGAAGCAGGUUGAUCGUCGAAACAACACCUUGCUUCGCAUCACGGCAUGCCAGUUCAAACCCCAAAGCGUGAAAUGGAUAAUGGAAAACGCCAAAGAUGAGCAGUGCUUGACACUAUCUCGCAAUUCGAAAGGAUACACGCCCCUUGAAGCAUUACAGGAUGACCUUAAUGUCCUCAGAACACGACGCAAGCAUGGAAUGAUGACCAUUGUCAUCGCAGAUAACUUUUCUGGCUUUACUCCUGAUGCUGUCCUCUGCCAAUUUGUACUAUUGACCGAAUUGAUGCCUUUAGAAGAUUCGAAUAUACCGCUCUGCCUCCGUCUUAAAUAUGGUUGCACUUGUGGGGAAUGCAUUGAAGGCUUUUUAUCGCCACGCAUGAAACUGGCACUUCUUUUUCAAGCCGAAAUGGGAUAUGAGAUUAUGGAUGAUGCACUUGAGAUGACGAACUGUAGAAGUAGCCCUACUGAUUGGUUAUAUUUGGCCGAAGAUGCUAUCGAGCACGUCUCGCCAGCUCUCCAGCGAGACUUUAGGACAAACAAAUCACUCGGUCGAGGUUUCGUAAAUAUUUUUGACCACAUUGCGACUUGCUUAAAAGUCAACAAGGCACCAACGAGACAAAAUGUCCUACAAGCAUGGGAAGGAAGUGGAGAAUGGCCACCUGUAACUCGAAAUUAUCUUCAAUGGGGUGGUACUGUUGAGAAUAAGGUUGAACAGGUAUUGGAGAAGAUAUUCGAACGCGCGCAUUCUCAAAACGAAACGCUUGGCGACGGCCACUUCAUGCUUUGCAUGGAGAAAGAGGUCGAGAAAUUGAGGGCAUGCAGGAAUGAUCAUGAAUAUGGCUUUGUUGCUAAAUUGUGUGGCUUACCAGAGCGUAAUACUAACCCAUCAGGAAGAUUGGAGGGUUUUUUCGGCAGAAUAUUUUCGAGCAUCUAA